CACAGCUUUGGACUGACAGGACGCUUGCAGCAGCAGUACCCCACAAGCCGCCUGCCAUCGGGGACAUAAGAAAAAAAAAAUAGUCAGCCGAAACUUGGAGGACACAGGGCUGGGAGGGGAAUUCAAGCUUUAAAAAAAUAUUUCGAUUUACAAAAAAUAUAAAUCUGCACCUUUCAACCCUUGGCUUGCCGUUGCACCCUCACGUGCGCUGCUGCUCCAGAUUCUGCUCGCACUUGUGUAUUCUGACCGGAGCGCGCGUGUUCUGCUGAAAACUGACCGAACACCGGUGCGAUCGAACCCGACCAGAGAGGAUGGCUGACAGGGAACAACUGAUCCAAAGAGCCCGUCUGGCUGAGCAGGCGGAGCGUUACGAUGACAUGGCCUCCGCGAUGAAGCUGGUAACAGAACUGAACGAGCCACUGUCCAACGAAGACCGCAACCUGCUCUCGGUGGCUUACAAGAAUGUGGUGGGCGCCCGACGAUCAUCUUGGCGUGUAAUAUCCAGCAUAGAGCAGAAGACAGCAGCGGAUGGCAACGAGAAGAAGCUGGAACUGGUUCGUGUCUACCGAGAGACCGUCGAGAAGGAGCUAGAGUCGGUGUGCCAGGACGUUCUCACCCUGCUGGACCAGUACCUCAUAAAGAACUGUGAUGAGACCCAGGUAGAGAGCAAGGUCUUCUACUUGAAGAUGAAGGGUGACUACUUCCGGUACCUGGCCGAGGUGGCCACUGGCGAAAAGAGGGCCUCUGCUGUCGAAUCAUCCGAAGGGGCCUACAAGGAGGCUUUCGAUAUUAGCAAGGGCAUGCCGGCCACCCAUCCCAUCCGCUUAGGCCUGGCACUCAACUUCUCUGUGUUCUACUAUGAGAUCCAAAAUGCGCCCGAGCAGGCCUGUCAACUAGCCAAGGAGGCUUUUGAUGAUGCUAUCGGCCAACUGGACAAUCUGAACGAGGACUCCUAUAAGGACUCCACGCUCAUCAUGCAGCUCCUGAGGGACAACCUCACCCUGUGGACCAGCGACCAGCAGGACAGCGAAGGAGGGGACGCCAAUAACUGAGAGAUCUGCUCUGUCUGCUCUCACUUCUAGCUGUAGUAGCACCCAUCUAUCCCUCCUACAAUGUCUUUAUACUAUAACUUAUUUCUCUCUUUCUACUUAUUCAAUCGUUUUCUUCUCCGUUUCAUCCUUUCUGACUCUUUCUGACAUAUAGAUGCUCCUUUUUGGUUUCUCAGGGCUGCACUUUAGAUCCUUGUUAGUAGGGAUGGGAAUUGUAACGAAUUUAACAGUUCUGGUUCUGAUUCCAGUUUAAUUUAACGAUUCUGGUUCCACUUCCAAUUGUGCUUAAUCUGAUUUAAAUUCCACUUAAUAAUUAACAAUUCUAAUUGCUGUUAACGAUUCUGGUUUAGAUUCCAAUUCCACUUAAAGAAAAAGAAUGGUUGUAAUGUUUGGUAACAAAUUUUUGAUAACAAGUAUAUUUACUCCAUCUAGUGGCUUGCCUGUCUUGUAAACCCAUACUUUGGAUGAGAGUUUUGUGGCUUUAAAUCCAUGUGUGUUUAGCUUUGAGGCCAUCUGUAUUCUAGUAUACUUGUAAAUGUUGACAAAAUUUACUUUUCGUAGAUAUUCGCAUUUAAAGUUUUAAGUCUUUCUCUUCUGUGAAAAUAUUGAUGGCUCCUGUUGCAUAACACAGAUUUUUUUCUCCAUCCCCUAAUACCAACUUCACCCAAAUAGUAAGCAGCAAUGUUAAAUAGCCUGUUGGCUAUUACAAAUGGUGUCUUUUGGAAGUAUUCAGAUGUCCCAGAAUCAUUAGGGGACCGUACAUCAUGAAAAUCAUCAGGUUCCAGUGUCUUUUAAGCAAUGGUUCUCAAUUCCCAAUCCUACUUGUUAGUUCUUUUUCUCUGUUGACUAUCUCUUUUUGUUUUGUCUUUUUCUUUGUUUUCCUGUCUUUCACUGUUUUCUUCCACCUCUGUCCGUGACCUAUUUUUCUGUAUGCCCUUUGCUUCCUCCUCCACUUGAUGAGUUGCAGAUAAUUAGCCUACUGGUCUUCAUGUGACAUUUACUUAAUGUGUACUUGUAAGGACUCAAUCUUUGUAGAAACACUGUAAUACUUAUUACAGGUUGAGGUCUUCAGUAUGUGGCACAGUACAGUGCUGAUGUUACACCUUUACCAAUUACGUUGUUCUUCUUCACUUGUCCUUGAUCUAUUCCUCCAUCACUGCUUAGAUGUGUUUGUCUGUCGACCCCCAAUGAAGCUCACCUUGUACACCUUGCUAGCCCUGUGAAUUGUGUAUGUCUGCUGAUCUCAGAACAGUACGUCGUUAUUUAAAAUGUAGGCGGCACUGUCAUGAGAUGCAGUGAUUCAAGGGUCUUUUGAUUAGGAUUACAUAUGCAAGGUUAUGGCAAAAUGACAUUAAAGACAUUGCAUAUCCAUGGGUACAAAUCUCAAUAUGAAGUCUAUCUCGAGCCCUUUAUUAUGGUUUUACAGAUGUCUAAUUGUCUUUUUACUAUGUUUAAUUGUUUUAUACACUUUCACGCACAACAUGACAAUUUGGGCUGGGCGAUAAGACGAUGUAAUUGGAUAUUAGCAUUCAGCAAUAUUUGACAAAUACCCUGAUGCCUACUUUGACAGACAAUGAUUGAGGAUAUCGGGGAAAUAACAAACUAUGGAGCUGUGAAGUUUCCAUAUAUAUUUAAUAGUAGCCUGAUAGUUAUCAUGCACUUACGUUUUUAGAUACUAAUCAAAUUCUUAAAACAAUAAAAGCAUUAAGAGAUUGGCAAGGCUAGAUGGCUAAACGGUACUGAUGCUGCUAGAUGGCACUGGAAGUUGUCAGUUAAUUAUUUUCACUAUUACACUUUUCAAUACUUUGUAUGAAAAUAUAAAGCAAAACGUAAAUUUUUAAAUAAAGUACUGUCAUGUUAAUGUUACUUUUUUUAAUAUAAUGAGUAAGUGCAAUUAAAAGGCGGAUAUCUGGAAUGGAGGUAUACAAAGUUUAAUUUUACAUCAGACCAUGCAUGCUUUCGCUCCAGGGCCGUAACUAAUGGGGUGAACGGUGUUAACGAUUCCAGGGGGGCCCCACGAUGAAUUUUAUUUCCUCUUGCAAGAAGAGCAAAGACAGGCAGAGGCUUAUCCCAGCUCUAUUUACUCGAUUUACAAGUCACAUUAUACAUGUCUUUCUCAAGAGGUGCACUAGCGACUAACG